UCUGCAGUGACAUCCACACAAAGUCUGUGCUGAGAUUCAAAAUCCCCACAUUGCUCAAAGCAUGGAUAGACUGAAUGGUGUUCCUUCUCUGGGAAGAGGAAACUCAGAGCCCAACUACAUGGCAUGAACCUGGACAAAGACAAUGAGUCUGAGUGAAAUGUUCACAAGCCUCAUCUUCAUUCUCUGCUCUGUGAUUGCACCUCUUCUCACAGACGAAGAAGCCCUGCUACCAGCCCCUCAGAAUAUCUCCAUCCUGUCCACCAACAUGAAGCACUUCCUGACCUGGAGUCCAGUGACGGUCCCUGGAGAAACUGUGAGAUACUCCGUUGAGUUUCAGGGGGAGUAUGAAAGAGAUUAUGCCAAUGAGAUCUGGAUACCCAUCAGCGAGUGUUCGCUCAUCAUUGUGACUCAGUGCAAUGUCACAGAGGACAUCUCUGCCACCGUGCCCUAUAACCUACGUGUGAGGGCAAACCUAGGUUCUCAGGGUUCAAAGUGGAGCACACUAAAAGUUCUCUUCAAUCGCAUAACGACUUUCCUCACCCCACCUGUGAUGGAAGUCUCUGCAGACGGGUAUCACUUACUGGUGAAGCUGGAAGACCUGGGGCCAGCCUUUCAAUUCCACAUAUUCUAUUGGAGGAAGGGCCAGGAAAGGGUGCACAAGAAGACUGUGAAGGAGAUCAGCUCUGUGGUGCAUCUGGACACCAUGGAGGCAGGAGCUGAGUACUGUGUGAAAGCCCAGACCUACGUAGAGGCCAUCAACAGGAGCAGCAACUUCAGCCAGACGCAGUGUGUUCGCGGACCAGAUGGUGGCAGAUCUAUAUGGAUGACGACUGCCUUGGUGUCCUUCGUGGGAUUUGUUGUAGGUGUCUUGGCCCUGCCUUUCCUUGCCUGGAAAAUGAGUCAAAUCUUCCAGUAUUCCUGCUGUCCAGUCGUUGUCCUACCAGACACCCUGAAAGUAACUGAGUCCCCUGCGAUGCUAAUACACUGCAGGAGUGAGGGGACUGAAUGUUGUGACGUGGCUGUGCAUGUGAUUCCCCCCGAAGAGAUCCUCCGACUGUGGAUUCAGGACGCACUUUAAAGCUGCCCAGAGAUAAUCAACCCUGUAGAAAACCAUCUAUGAACAGAUCUAGCAGAUUGUGCACUGGGAGCCUGCACACAGCUCCCACAGACUCAGGGUAUCUCAAAGG